AGAUAUGUUCUAGGUUACUCUCUGCGGCCUUCGACACAUCACCCUUGGAGAAUAUUGUUCAGCUCACUUCUGCUGUUGUCAUUAUCUUCGAACACUCUUUCUACAUUUACGACAAGCGGCGCUAUCUUCAGGACAAGGAGUCUGAUCCCAUAUUUCAUGUCGCUCUCGAGCAGUACAUGGCAUCUCCGUAUGCAGCUGCUGUCAGGAAAGCUGUGAGUCCUGCCGUCCAGGCAUAUGAAGAACGUGUGAGGACUGCUGUCUA